CGCAUUUACUGUUACCUAUGGAAGUGCAACAAAGAUCUCCCACAAAAACAGGUUGCUGUGCCUCUCCAUAUCCUGCACUGUUUUAGCGUCAUUUAAAGAGAGCAACUGUCUGCCUUUGUCUAACAUCCUGACUCCUUCUGCAUGUGAAGCCUGUGAGAUUCCUCUGUUUAUUCCCCCUGCUAUAUAGUCUAAGAGAGCUUCCAUUCCAACAAACACGGAAUAAUGGCUUCCUUCUGUCAUGACAUAUGUAGUUUCCGGUGCACCUGCCGUCAGACGAAACAUGAACAAAGGGACCAAACUCCUGUCAUUGCAGUGCAACAGCCUCAAACUGUGGUCAAUCUGCAGGCUAAUCCUGUCAUGACGGCUAAUCCAAGGUCUUCUCCACCUUCUGUUGGCGUUCAAAACCCAGAAAUGUUUCACAACUUUCCUCCUUGGUUUCAAAACCCUUCUCAGUUUCCUGGUGGUAAUCAAAACCCUCCUCCAAAUCCUACUGGUUAUCAAAACCCUCCUCCGAAUCCUACUGGGUAUCAAAAACCUCCUCCGAAUCCUACUGGGUAUCAAAACCCUCCUCCGAAUCCUACUGGGUAUCAAAACCCUCCUCCGAAUCCUACUGGGUAUCAAAAACCUCCUCUGAAUCCUACUGGGUAUCAAAACCCUCCUCCGAAUCCUACUGGGUAUCAAAACCCUCCUCCGAAUCCUACUGGGUAUCAAAACCCUACUCAGAAUCCUACUGGGUAUCAAAACCCUACUCAGAAUCCUACUGGGUAUCAAAAACCUCCUCAGAAUCCUACUGGGUAUCAAAAACCUCCUCCGAAUCCUACUGGGUAUCAAAACCCUCCUCCGAAUCCUACUGGGUAUCAAAAACCUCCUCAGAAUCCUACUGGGUAUCAAAAACCUCCUCCGAAUCCUACUGGGUAUCAAAACCCUCCUCCGAAUCCUACUGGGUAUCAAAAACCUCCUCCGAAUCCUACUGGGUAUCAAAAACCUCCUCAGAAUCCUACUGGGUAUCAAAAACCUCCUCCGAAUCCUACUGGGUAUCAAAACCCUCCUCCGAAUCCUACUGGGUAUCAAAACCCUCCUCCGAAUCCUACUGGGUAUCAAAAACCUCCUCUGAAUCCUACUGGGUAUCAAAACCCUACUCCGAAUCCUACUGGGUAUCAAAAACCUCCUCUGAAUCCUACUGGGUAUCAAAACCCUACUCAGAAUCCUACUGGGUAUCAAAACCCCCCUCAAAAUACUGGUGGGUUUGAAACUCAUCAUCAAAGUCCUGCUGAGUAUCUAAACCUUUGUCAAAGUCCUGAUGGGUAUCAAAACUCUCCUCAAUGUCUUACAGAGUCUCAGAAAUCUGUUACAGAACCCGAUGCUUAUAAUUCCUAACAACAUCUGAGCAAACUUGUAAAUAAUGAAAUCUGCUCAGAUCAGCCAUGAUCAUGUUGGUGUAUAACAGGAUUCUGUACUCUAUUCAAAAAUUUAUUCGACUCUUAACACUUCAAAAAAAGUGUUGAGCUUGAGUUGUUUCAGUUCAUAUGUAUAUUUACAUUAUUAUAGACAAUGUAUAACUACUUCAUUAAUUUGUAGAUCUAAACUCAUCAAUAACAAAAAAAGAAAUAAAAAUUGAGUGACUG